CCAGUCUCUGUCUAUCCUAACACGUACUUAAGGGCAUAAAACAUCAACUGACUCCAACUGUUAUCAAACCAUGGAUUUGGUCUCUAACCUCUUAUCUUUCUUCCCCUUCCUUUCUUUCACUGGCUUCGCCAUAGCACUCUACGCCGAAUGGAAAAGAAAGAGGUCGCUGUCGUCUAGAGGCGCGAAACUACCGCCGGGUCCGUCGACGCUCCCUCUCAUUGGAAGCAUGCACCACCUAGCCGGAGCUUUCCCGCUCCGGCGCUUAAGAGACCUCGCCGAGAAACACGGCCCCCUCAUUCACGUCCAGCUCGGCGAGGUCUCGGCCGUCAUCGCCUCCUCCCCGGACAUGGCGAAGGCCAUCUUCAAGACCCACGACCUGGCCUUCGCCUCCCGGCCCAAACUCAUGGUCCCGGAGAUCGUGGGGUACAACCGGUCCGACAUCGUCUUCUCGCCGUACGGGGAUUACUGGAGGCAGAUGAGGAAGAUCUGCAUCGUCGAGCUUCUCAGCUCUAAGAACGUGCAGAGCUUCGGGUCCAUCCGGCUUGACCAAGUGUCUCGCCUUCUGGACGCCGUCACCUCCCACGGCGGCCGACCGGUGAAUCUGACGGAGCUCGUGUUCCGGUUCACGAGCUCCAUGACUUGCCGGUCGGCUUUCGGGAGCGUUUUCGAGGAGGGCGAUGAGUUCAUCACCCACAUAAGAGACGUUCUUGUUUUGCUCGGCGGGUUCGAGGUGGCGGACAUAUUCCCCUCCCUCAAGCUCCUCCACGGGCUCAGCCCAAUGCGGCGGAAGAUCCUCAAGAUCCACAAAAGGGUCGACGCCAUCCUUAACGGCGUCAUCAACGGCCACCAGAAGAGUUUAGACGCCGGCAACAAGGGGAAUGGCGAGUCGGGCGGCGAGGAUCUGAUCGACGUUUUACUCAGGAUGAAGCGUUCCGACGGGCUUCAGUUCCCGGUCACCGACGACAGCAUCAAGGGCGUCGUGUUCGACAUGUUCACCGCCGGGACGGAGACGUCGUCAAUGACGAUCAUCUGGGCGAUGGUCGAGAUGCUCAGAGCCCCGGCCGUGCUGGCCGAGGCUCAAGCUGAAGUGAGAAGAGCUUUCAUUAAGAAGAAAGAGUUUGACCUCAAGGAUGUGGAAGAGCUGAAAUACAUGAAACUGGUGGUCAAAGAAACGCUCCGCCUCCACCCGCCGUCGCCGCUCUCAAUCCCGAGAGAAUGCAUAAAGGAGACGGAGAUAAACGGGUACACCAUCCCGGUCAAAACGUGGAUCAUGGUCAACGUUUUGUCCAUAAGCACUGACCCGGCUUACUGGGAGAAUGCGGAAAGCUUUGUUCCGGAGCGGUUCGAGAAUAGCAGCGUUGACUUUUUGGGGAAUAACUUUGAGUUCCUUCCUUUUGGGAGCGGGAGGAGGAUAUGCCCGGGGCUUUCCUUUGGUUUGGCAAAUGUGUAUCUCCCUUUGGCUAAAUUGCUCUAUCACUUUGACUGGAAGCUGCCGCGAGGACCGGAGUAUUGCCGGAGCGUGGACUUGGCGGAAUCGUCGGGAAUUACUGCCGGGAAGAAGGACGAUCUGUAUUUAGUAGCUACCCCUUACAAUCCACUCUCUUAAACCAUAAUUAAACAGUUGAUAUGUUUAAAUUAAUGUUGUUAUUGAAUUUCUAAUUAUGUUGUACCAUGUGUAACACAAUUUAUCCUGAUGUAUCAAAAAAAUGCGUAACACAAUUUAUAAAAUUUUGUGGUAGAACUUCAAUUUGAA